AUGAGGCGCAUACUCAGUAACAAUUUAUUGAGCCAUAUCUGUUUAUUUGGCAGAAAUCUUCCGUCCCAUGCCUCUGUAACAUUUGGCCUCCGAAGCGAUUUUGCACAAAAGUUGAUCAGAAAAGCAACAACAGACUCAACCAGCAUGGAUCUGAGUGACAUGAGGAAGAAAUACAAAGGAGAUGAAGAGUGCUUCGAGGAGAAUCAGCUGGUGUCUCUGGAUCCCGUCAAACAGUUUGGAAACUGGUUCGAUGACGCCACAAAGUGCUCGGCAGUAGGAGAGCCCAACGCCAUGUGCAUCUCCACCGCCACCAAAGAUGGACGUCCAUCCGCCCGCAUGGUCCUCCUCAAAGGUUACAGCAACGAAGGAUUUAGAUUCUUUACAAACUACGAGAGCCGGAAAGGGAACGAGCUGGAGAGUAAUCCUUAUGCAUGCUUGGUCUUCUACUGGGAGCCUCUGAACAGACAGAUUCGUAUCGAGGGUAAAGUGGAGCGGAUCCCCUACCAGACCUCCUGUGAUUACUUCCACUCUCGACCUAAGAGCAGCCAGAUCGGGGCUGUGGUGAGCAGACAGAGCACUCCCGUCCCCAACAGAGACUAUUUAAGGCAGAAAAAUGCAGAACUAGAGGAGAAGUACAAGGAUACAGAAGUGCCUAUGCCUGAUUAUUGGGGCGGCUACAUCGUCAAGCCUUACCUGAUCGAGUUCUGGCAGGGUCAGACCAACCGACUCCACGACCGCAUCGUCUUCACCAAGGCGAAGGAUGGAGAGAACGGAGAGAACGAGCUGGGCGAGUUUCAGCACGCUGCAGAGGGAGGCUGGGUGUACCAGAGACUGUCUCCAUGAGAAGGAUUUCAUCAUGCAGGCGUCAUCAGACAUUUCAUCAAGAAUACGAAACCUCAUCACCGAUAACAUAAUCAUCUUUACCUCAUGUGAAGUAACUGCUCAUGUAGAUACUUUAAUAUUCAAUAGGUGCUGUUAUGUGUUUAAGACUCAUCAACAAGCCAAACGACAUCAUGUCUCUUUGACCUUAACCCUCCUACCUUCCUACCUUCCUUCCUUCCUUCCUUCCUCCAUCCCUCUUCCUCCCUCCCUCCUUCCUUCCUUCUGUCAUUCUUGCAUUCCUUUCC